GUUCUGUCGGAGAGGAUGGAGAUCGCUCUCCUGAACCCAUGCAGGUGGCAUAGGCAAGGCAUUGCCUGCUCCUGCAGUUUGAACUGGCUGCUGUGGCUUUUGGGCUGUUGGAUUGACUCCCUCUCUCAUGCCACAGGGAUUCCUGCCUACAUCGUGGUGCCCCGGACUGCCCCGCAGUGUAAGCAAGAUGCCAUUCGUGCCUAUGGUGCCACACUGGUGCCAUGUGAGCCCAGUGACAAGUCCAGAGCAGAGACAGCAUCCACUGUAGUCCAGGAGACAGGAGGAGUCCUGGUGCACCCCAACCAGGAGCCAGCAGUGAUUGCAGGGCAAGGCACCAUCGCCCUGGAGGUGCUGGAGCAGGCACCUCAGGUAAAUGCAGUGGUGGUUCCUGUUGGAGGUGGAGGAAUGGUUGCAGGAAUAGCAGUCGCCAUCAAGGCUUUGAGGCCAGAUGUGAAGGUGUUUGCUGCUGAGCCAAGCAAUGUGGAUGACUGUUACCAGUCCAAGGUCCGAGGGGAGCUGACCCCCAACCUCCACCCACGGGACACCAUCGCAGACGCGGUAAAAACCAGCAUCGGGCCCAACACGUGGCCCAUCAUCAGGGAUUUGGUUGAUGAUGUCCUGACAGUCUCAGAGGAAGAAAUCAAGCAAGCCACGUGGCUGGUGUGGGAAAGGAUGAAGCUGCUGAUUGAGCCAACAGCAGGCGUGGGACUGGCGGCCGUGCUCUCGGAGAAGUUCCAGGCAGUCCCCCGGGACGUGCAGAACGUUUGCAUCGUGCUGUGUGGGGGAAAUGUGGACCUGAGAUCCCUGACCUGGCUCACAGAGCUCUCUGUGAAAGCAGAAUGAGGAUGGACUGGUGUUUCAAGGAAUGAAAAGCUCACUCUGAAUUUGUGCGGUGGUUUGUGCGCUACUAAAAACAGAUCGAGUCCAAA